AGAAAUGAUUAGACAAAUAUUUUAAACAGUGAAAAACAGUAAUAUACCUCUACGGAUCAUUUGGGUUUUGUCUUUUUAUCGGUUUGUGAUUUUUUUCAAAUAAAUCUAUUGCCCGUUCAAUUACGAUGGAAGGCAUCCUGCAAAAACAAAACUGGAUACCUGGCCAAUUCAAAAAUGUUCCAGAAACUGGAAGACCAGGACAAUACGAUAUUACCCAACAUGGAUGGACGCCAAUAACAACAUCGACUUCAGUUCUUGGUGUCCAAUUUGACACCGGAGUAGCUGUGGCUGCCGACGUGCUAACUUCUUAUGGAUCGAUGGCUUGUUUUCAAAAUAACCCUAGAAUAUUGACAGUCAAUAAAAAUAUUUUACUAGCUGCGGCCGGCGAAUACUCCGAUUUCCAGUAUGUUCGUGAUUUGAUCGAACAGAAAGUUAAUGCUGAAACGUGUUUAAACGAUGGCAUCGCGUUGAAACCAAAAGCAUUGUACACUUGGCUCUCUCGCGUCCUAUACAACCGUAGAACCAAAAUGAAGCCGCUAUGGUCUACAUUUUUGGUGGCUGGCGUUCAAGACAAUGAACCGUUUUUGGGAGAAAUCGACAAAAUAGGUACUGCUUUCCCCGACCAACAGAUCGCUAGUGGCUACGGUGCGUACAUUGCAUUGCCAUUACUGCGCAAAGCCAUUGACGAAAAACGUUUGAAAUCCAACUCAAAACUAACGCGAGAAGAAGCCACAGAAUUACUCAAAACGUGUAUGGAAGUUCUGUAUUACAGAGAUGCAAGAAGUCUUGACAAAUAUCAAAUUGGAGUAAUAACUAGCGAUAAUGUUGAGAUAAGCGAUCACGUAUUAGCGCCUAGAUGGGAAAUUGCGAGAUUGGUGCAAGGAUAUGAAUAGUGAUGUUUAUUAUUAUUAUUAUUUAAUAUUAAAAAACAUAUUUUUGAUCAGUUUUUCUAAAAAAAAUUCAAUAUUUAAAUGGAAGGUAAUUUUUUUUUAAUACAUUUAUUGUAAUAUAUACAAAAAUUAAAAAUUA